AUGAAGCGGCGCCGCCCCGGGGGUCGCUCCCUCGGGCCAGCGGCUCGGUGCUCCCCGCAGGGCCCUUCGGUGCCGCGGCCGCCCCCCGCAGGCUCCACCUGCGCCGGGCCCCCGCUCCACCGCACCCCGGGGAUCGCGCCCCACCCCACCGCCCCCCGCCUGGGCGGGGACCGGAGGGUGCCCCCACAUCGCCCCCGGCCUCCGCAUGCACUUUCCCGGGGUACCUCUGCCCCUCCUCAUCCCCUCCGGCCCCUCAGGCUCCCCCCGCCUCGGGCGCCCUCCCCCGCCGCCGGACCCACCCGCGCCCCGCGGGGUUUGGCACGGCCCCGUCGUGCCCGCCCGCGGCUCCGGCCGCCACGGCGAAGGCCCUUCCCUGCAUCGCGGCCCGGCCGUGCUCACCUGCUGCCCGCAGCCGCCUCCCUCCGGCGCCUCCUCCGCCGCCCGUCGCCACCGAGCAGCGCCGCCGCCGCCGCCGCCGCUCCGCCCCCGCCCCCCGGCCGCCGCUCCCGCCCCGCUGCCAGCCACGCCUACCCCAGCGGCCCAUUGGCCACGCGCUCCCAAGUCCGGCCUUCGGAUUGGCGAAAGGAGCCGCCCGUCAAAGCCUCGGCCCCGCCCAUCCCCGCCCCACGGGUCCCGGGUGUUUUAUUCACGCCGGGGCUUUGGCGCCCCCAAUCUCUCACUGUAGGUUCUGAUUGGCUGACGCGGUGGGAACAGUGUGCCAGGAUUGGCUGCUCGGGGUGCCACUGCGGCGCUGAGCCCGCCCCCCCCGGGGCUCGGCUGCGCGGCGCGGCGGGAAGGCGGCGGCCGCUGCCGGGGCCGGGGCCUGGACCCGCCCGCUCUCCGGGACCCCUCGGCUGGCGCCCCGCUGAUGCGCCAAGCAGGAUGCGCCUUCCACCGCCCGUCUCCGGUUCGGUUCAGCCGUAG